AUGACGAGGCGGGCUCCGGCGCGCGGCGGGGGCGGGGGCGGCCAACUCCUGCUGGUUCUAUUGCUUGUCGCGGCCGCGGCAUUGGCGCCGCUGCGCGCGCGCGCGGUCACCGACGCUUCCGACGUUACUGCUAUGAAUGGGCUGUACGUUUCACUCGGAUCGCCAAGCCUUCCCGGGUGGAUUCCAAACGGCGGAGACCCCUGCGGCGAGGGUUGGCAGGGAGUUACCUGCACCGGCACAGGCAUAACCAAAAUAAAGAUGAAUGUCGCAAACCUUGGAGGGCAGCUGAGCAGCUUAGGGAACUUCACUUCAAUCACCACCAUAGAUCUUAGUAACAAUAAUAUUGGUGGAACUAUACCAGAAGACCUACCUCUCACACUGCAGAAUCUUUUCCUCUCUGCUAAUCAGCUCACUGGAAGUAUUCCCAGUUCAUUGUCCAAACUUACAGGUUUAUCAGCCAUGUCACUCAAUGUCAACCAUCUAGAUGGAGAACUGCCAGAUGCUUUCGAUUCACUUGCUGGACUUAUAAAUCUGGAUAUUUCUGAGAACAACUUUACUGGUGUGUUACCACCUUCAAUGAAAAACCUGUCAUCUUUGACUACAUUGCGCAUACAAAACAAUCAACUGUCAGGGACCCUUGACAACUUGCAGGAUCUCCCCAUCAAAGACCUGAAUGUAGAGAACAAUUUGUUUUCUGGACCAGUACCUCCGAAACUAGAGAACAUACCGACCUUCAAAAAGGAUGGUAAUCCAUUUAAUACGACUAUAGCCCCGUCAGCAUCACCGCCUUCAGCGUCACCGCCUUCAUCAAUAGGACCAGCACCAACUCCAACACCAGCAGGACCAAAACAAGCCCCAACACCAACAACAACGCCUACAGAUCUAAGUCCAACAAGAGCACCGUCACCUCCAUCGCCCCCUUCAAAAUCCCCUCCGCCCUCAAACUCUUCUGAUGGAUCAACUACUCGAGAUAGCACCUCGUCAUCUCAGAAACAUAAUUCGUCAAAAAAGCUCAAGAUUGCCGGAUUUGUUCUUCUUGUAGUAGUGCUAUUAAUAUCUAUAGCCCUGCUGGUAAUCUUUUGUUUGUCCAAGUACCAAGAGAGACGGUCAAGAUAUGAUUAUAACAGAAGUCAGCUGGGAAGGGUGCAUCAUAGGGUUGAACCCCAAAUUAUGCCGGCUUCAGUGCAAAAAAAGGAUGAUACUAAAAAAGGUCCAGGUGAGGCCCUUGACAAGAGAAGCCGCGAGUCAAGUUUGGCAGCAGCAGCAGCUCUCCCAAAGAAGCCUGCUGAAAACCGAAAGGAGCACAUAAUUAAUUUGGAUCGAACAGACUCGGAACUUUUUGCAGUUGCACCCCCUCCACCUCCACCACCCCCUCCUGAAAAAGUUGUUGUACAGCCCAAGCCCAUUGUUACUCCAGAAAAGAGAUAUAGCCCUCCACCAAGGACAAGUACCCCAACUUCUGCCACACCCUACUCUGUUGCAUCUCUUCAGCAAUAUACAAGCAAUUUCAGAGAGCAGAACGUGAUAAGAGAGAGUAGAUUAGGAAAGGUAUUCCUAGCUGAGCUUCCUGAAGGCAAGUUAUUGGAAGUUAUGAAGAUUGACAAUCCUAACGGAAGAGUGUCAGUGGAUGACUUUCUAGAAUUGGUUGCGCUUAUCUCAGAGAUCAAGCAUCCCAACACCCUUGAGUUAGUUGGAUACUGUGCUGAAUAUGGACAGCGAUUACUUGUAUACAAUCACUUCAGCAGAAAAACACUAGAUGAUGCACUUCAUGAUAGAGAGGAAAUCGACAUUGAGCUAUCAUGGAAUGCUCGUCUCCAGGUUGCUCUUAGCUCCGGAAAAGCCUUAGAGUAUCUCCAUGAAAGCUUCCAACCACCGAUCGUGCAUCAGAAUUUUGAACCAGCUAAUGUUCUCCUAGAUGAUAAGUUGUCAGUGUGUGUUGCUGAAUGUGGACUAGCAGAGCUGAUGCCCUCAAGUUCUGUCACUCAGCUGUCAGGUCGGUUGCGCACAUUACUGAACUAUGAUGCGCCUGAAUUCCAGGAAUCUGGGAUCAUUUCAGAACGAGGCGAUGUUUACAGUUUUGGAGUAGUGAUGCUAGAACUUCUUACCGGGCGUAAACCAUACGAUAGUUCACGCCCACGCCAUGAACAGCAUCUUGUUAGAUGGGCCGGUUGUCAGCUCCAUGACAUUGAAUCCCUUUCCAAGAUGGUGGACCCUUCUAUUCGAGGGCAGUGCUCCGAGAAAGCAUUGUCGCGGUUUGCUGACAUAAUCAGCCGCUGUAUCCAGAGGGAGCCAGAAUUCAGGCCACCGGUGUCUGCAGUUGUCCAGGACAUAACUAGCAUCGUGAAUGCUUCUCGUGAGGAAUCAGAGUAA